GCUUUAGCCUAUUUGUAUAGGUACGAGUAUAAUUGUAGAGAAAUUCAGCAUAAUUACAGAGAAAAGAGUAUAAUUACAGAGAAAAGAGUAUAAUUGCUGAAUUUUUUCCCUUGAACACGCCUCUCGUAGGAAAAAAAGAAGCUCUUUGUUUUUAUUGAGUAUAAAUUUUUGCAGAAGUUGAUUGUUCACUAAUUUCACAUGGAAGUGAACAAUUUUUAUGUUCACAUGAUCGUCGUUGUAUAAAUGCAACACGACAGUAUGAUAAGAUUGCUGAUUAUCAAUCGAUGAAUGAUGAUGAUCAAUGUAUUGUGGUGAUAGAAUACCGUCGUGUUGUCAAAUAG